CUGUAACGUUAUCCUAUCAAAUUUAUAUGUUUGAUUUUGCCGUGCCGACGAACAUAGUUAUACUUAAACAAGAAGCCAACGGUGAAAGUCGUCUCAUUGUGGUCAUCUUCCUUCCGACCACCCCACCGACGUAAACCCUAAGCACUUGGUUCAUGAGACACGUAUAGGAAGAGUUGCAGGGAGAAACAAAGCAGAAUCAUAUCAAAUGCCAAAAUCAAACAGUCCCCCCGAGAGUACUCCUCGCCGAAGCUAUCACUUCUUCAAAAUCUAUUUACCAAAUCUCUCCUCAACGCACAUGAGGAUCCCGCCGGCGUUUCACCGGCACGUCGAGGGCCGAGCCCCUGCAAGAUUUUACCUAAAGGGGCCGAGCGAGUUCAUUUGGGGUGUGGAUUUAGUGAAGAAACCAGAUGGAUUGUUCUUUUCAGAUGGGUGGGAAACGUUCGCAUUAGAUCAUGCUCUCGCCGCCGGGGAUUUUCUUCUCUUCGAGUACAAUGGCAAUUCAACAUUCUCUGUAAUGAUUUUUGAUAACACUGCAUGUGAGAAGGAGGUAGCUUUCUUUGCCCGGCCUACAUGCGAUGAGAAGGUUAGCUUUUCUUUUGAUGAGAGAGUGAAGGAAGAGAAAAAAGAUAAUUCUUAUGUUGGAACAAAUCAGCCUGUGAAGAAGAGGACAAGAACUCUACCGGGCACAAACAAUGAAUGCAGUGAGGUUUUCAUGGCAAGAAUGUGGUCCAUGCAAAGGCAGGCUGCCCAAGCUUUGAUUUCCGGAAGACUAGACCAUUCUAGGGACUCCUCCAAUCUAUUUAACAACGCAAUUGAAUGCCCAAGUGACGCUAACCUUGUGCUCUCAGAUAAUCGAGCAAAUGAUGCUUCUCGGAAAAAGCGGUACCGAGGCUUUGUAUCCCAAAGACGACCUGUAACACAAAAGGAAAGAGAUGAUGCUCUUGCAAAGGCACAAUCCUUUAAGUCAGAGAACCCUUGUUUCAUGAUGGUUAUGAAAGGAUCAUAUGUCUACAAUGGUUUUUACUUGGCUCUUCCAGGUCCAUUCCCUUUCAAGCAUCUUCCUGAUUAUAAUGGAGAGUUAUUCCUUCAUGACCCAAACAAGCAGCAAUGGGCAGUUAGAUAUAUAUUCUCAAAACGCCCAGCUCUAAGUGGUGGUUGGGGCAAAUUUGCUGUAGGCAAUAAUCUAGAAAGCGAUGAUGUCUGUGUUUUUGAGCUCAUAAAGAAGAAACAUAUGAAGGUGCAUAUCUUCAGGGUCUUGGAGGAUAUCAAGCCGCUGUUGCGCCCUGGCAGGGUGAAGGAUUUGGUCGCUAAUGCUGAGGCUAAUGAAAAUUUUAAGGCCUUGAUUGACUAUCAGUGAUCAUGCAGGAAAGUAAUAUUCGAGUUGAGGGUCUUAAUUACUACUCUCGCUUAUUUAUUUAUUUGUUUUUAUGGUUUUUUUCCCUUGUGAUUUGAGUGUUUUUUUAUUAAAGCAGAACUGCUUCUGCACCUGCCAUAAAAUGUUGUCCACUAGAUCUGUAUUCAAAAUUAUCAAUAAUUUCAUUGCUAAUUGCUAUACUCUCUUUUUCA